CGAGUGAGAGCCGCGGUCUAAAAGUGAGUCUAUCCAGGUGAUGAGCCCAGUACCGAUGGUUCCGAGCGUGUGGGAGUGACUCAUUCAAAGCUUGGUGUAAAGCUCACGCUCACGUCUCCACUCACGAAAGCUCGAGGGAAGUGGAGGACGCACGUCCGAGUUUCUCCUGCGAUCGCUCGGGAUUGUUGUUGGAUCGGCGGCUGCUGACAGCUGACUGUCACCAUGUUGAAGAAGAAAAGCAAGUCGACGGUGAUCACGAACCCAAAGUCAACGGCUUCCUCCACAGAGCUGGGCGCUCUCAUAGAGAAGCUGCAGAAGAAUGCAGAUAAAGUGGAGAAGGCCAUCUACGACAUUGAGCAGAACCUCAACAAGGAUGUGGCCAAGAUCAAUGAGGGCAAGCAGCCGCUGUACCAGGACGACACCAACAAGAGGAUCCUCAACUCUCUGGAACUGCUGAACAGCCUUGACGAAGAUGCAGCCAACGCCAAGCUGCUGCAGCAUCCUCAGGCCGAGAUGAUCGAGCAGGACAUGAAGCAGCUGCGCGAGAGAGUGAUGAAGCUGAAGGAGGACCAGGAACGCAUCUACCACCUGAGCCGCACUGAGGGUGUCCCCACUGUCAACUGGGACAACAUGAUGUCGGAGAAAAUGAACGCCCUGGACGGCAAAGGCUUUGGGCAAGACCUUCCAUCGGUGGAGAACGAGGUGGAGCAGCACAACAUCUUCCACAGUGAGGUGGAGGCUCUGGCUCCGCAUCUGUCUGCCAGCGGAGACAAGGAGUACGUCAGCGACCUCCAGAACAAGUACAGCAAACUCCUGGCUAACUCCGCCGCCCGCCAGCGCCACCUGCUGAGCCUGCGAGACUACAUGCAGCAGUGCACCAAUGAGCUGUACUGGAUGGACCAGCAGGCCGAGGAGAGGAUCAACUAUGACUGGAGCGACACCAACCUGGACUACCCUACACGGCAGAGGCAUUACGAGAAUUUUAUCAGCAAGUGUCUGGAGAGCAAAGAAGCCAACAUCACCAAGCUGAAUGAGGAUGGAGAGAAGCUGAUCGCUCAGGAUCACCCGGGAAAGAACGUCAUUGAGGCUCACACAGAGGCGGUGCACGCUGACUGGAAGGAGUACCUGAACCUGCUCAUCUGCGAGGAGAACCACCUGAAAAACAUGGACGAGUACCACAAGUUCCACAAAGAUGCUCGCGACACGCAGGACUUGCUGAAGAGGCUGGACACAGAGAUCAACCAAAAGUACAACCCUGACUUCAAAGACAUCUACCAAACGGAGGGCCUGAUCCGGGACCUGGACGACCAGGCCAAAGCCAUGGACAGCAUCGAUGAGCGGGUCAGGACCCUGCAGAAGCGCAGCCUGCAGGUCCUGCCGCUGCAGUACCGUCGCGAGACACCCCAGAAGCUGCUGCCCGUUGAAGCUCUGUGUGAAUUUGACACAGAUGAGGCUUCGAUUGUGCGUGGAGAAAAGUACACUCUCCUUCGCAACAACGGCUCCAAGUGGGAUGUGAAGGAUGCAGCUGGACGCAAAUUCGCCGCUCCGGCCGUGUGUUUCAUGAUCCCGCCCACCAACCCAGACGCCGUGGCCAUCGCUGACAACUUGGCCAGUCAGCAGAAGUCCAUCAAGCAGAAGAUGGCGAGCAGCAAGGCCACGCUGCAGAAGAGAUUCGAUGAGCUGAAGCGGGACAGCGGCUCUGGAACUGGAGACAAGCAAGAGCAGCAGUGUCGGCAGCUGAUGGCAGGUCUGGACAAGGUCGUGGGUGACAUGGACAAGCAGGAGAAGGCCAUUCAGUCUCGAGUGCGCCCUCCCCUGGAACAGACCAGGCCCCUGCAGGACAGCGCGGAUCGCCUGCAGGACAUGAGGGACAUUGCAGCUGCUGUCAGUAAAAUUGAACCAGAAAAGACUGCGAAAGUGCAGGAGGCCAAGACCUUCCUGGCGUCCAACGCCUCCUCUGGCAGUGCUCCUCAGCUUCACAACAAGAUUGAUGAAGCCAACAACAAGUACGAACGGCUGGAGCAGCUGCUGCAGUGCUCACAGGAGAAACUCAAGAAUUCCAACCAGCUGGAGACUUCCCUUCAGAAUGGCAAGCUCUACAUUUCCAACUAUGAGAGCAAGCUGGCAAGGGAGGAGGUGGCGCCGGCCGACAUGUCCUCUCUGGAGAAAACUCAGCGGGAGCUCGGGGAUAUGUCGUCAGACCUGAGAGCGAAGAGGUCAGUGGUCACAGAGACGGAGCAGAACUUGCGCCUGGCGAAGAACAGUUGCGACAACUUAGCCAACAAGUUCCAAGAACACUGUCCCGACAUCGAGAGGCAGGAGGCGGACGUGCAGAAGCUCAGCAAGCGCUACAGCAACAUCAACAGGCAGAUUGACACCAGGUCCCAGAGCCUGCAGCGGGCCAAGAUGGCGUACAACAACUACCGCAAAGAGUAUGACAGCCUGAACACCUGGCUGUCACGAGUGCCCAACUACGAGCCCCGUGAGACCGACGAUGCCAGGCAAGUGGAGACCAAGCUGAAGAACCAGAAGAACCUGCUGUCUGACAUCACCAAGAAGGAGUCUGACUUGAACAGCGUCUCCAAACAUGCCCACCUGUACCAGCAGGCCAUCAGGGAUUACGAGAAUGAAACAGAGAAGUUCCGAACCGUCCUGGAUAUGGAGGAUGGAAUUGUUCCCCAGACAUUUAAGAGGAGCCGACUGGAGUCACCUGGCCAGGUCGUCAAGGCGGAGGAAGGUGCCAUCGGGGCUAAAUUCACAGAGGUCAGUGCCGUGAAUAAGCAGAGGAUGCAGGGCCUGGAGUUGGCCCAGAGUCUUCUCAACAUGCAACCGGAGAUCCCCCUGGUCCAGAGCACCAAUGUCAGCUCGGUCCAUGCCACUGCUCCUGGAGAAGAACCUUGGAGAAUCAGGAAGCAGUUGGAGGAUGAAGUUCGUCGGAGAGAGCAGCUGGAGAAGGAAAUUGAGACCAUUCAGACCGACAUCUACGUCCUGGAAGGACAGAAGCCGCAAGACACCAUCGUCAAGAAGGAGCUCAUCAAAAAGGUUCCAGACCCCCAGCUGGAUGAGGAAGUGCACAAGGUCCAGCAGAAGCUCUCAGAGGAGCGCCGGAGCACCCACGUCCUGGAGAACGACUUGGAAGUUCUGAGGCUAAGGCUGCAGGGUCUUGAGACCGAGGUCAAAGAAGGAGCCCAGCAGUACACGGUCAAGGAGGUUCUCCGUAUUGAGAGGGACCGAGGACAGGAGGAGGAGGUGCGCAAUCUCAGGGAAGAGCUGGAUGAGAUGAGGAGGCAGAAACUGAUCAAGGACAACGAACUGAUCCAGAUCCAGAAGCAGGUGACAGUCCUGGCUGAGGAGAAGAACAAGGAGCAGGAGGUGAUCACGGAAGAGGAGGUCAUCAAAGUCCAGAACGAUCCUAAACUCGAGACCGAGUACCGAGUGAUGCUGGACAGGAAGCAGAAGGAAACCGACGGCAGAAAGCAGCUGGAGGAUGAGCUGCUCUUUCUUCAAGAGAAGCACCGCAGGCUGGAAAAGGAGAAAUCAAUGGCCGAAGAGAAGAUUUCCAUCAAGGAGGUGGUGAAGGUGGAGAAGGACGUUGCCUUCGAAAGAGAGGUUGAGAACCUGCGGAGGCAGUUUGAAGACGAGAAAGCCAAAAGACGAUCAUCUCAGCGAGAGAGGAAUGACCUGCAGAGGAAGAUCGCCAGCCUUGAGGAGGAGAAGUCGAAGGUGGUCAUCCAGGAGAAAGUGCGUGAGAUCGUCCGUCCAGACCCCAAGGCUGAGAACGAGGUGGCCAAUCUCAGACUGGAAUUGGUGGAGCACCAGAGGCGCUACAGGGACUCAGAACUCCAGCUCAGGUCCCUGCAGGAUGAGCUGACCAUGCUGAAGAACCGAGGUCCCCAGGUGGAGGUGAAGGAGAUCAUAAAGGAGGUCAUCAAGUACAAGACCGACCCACAGACCGAGCGGGAGCUCGAGAGGCUUCGCAAUGAUAUCGUUGAUAAAACCCAUCAAACGGAGAAGUCGGAGAUGGAGAUUCGGCAGUUGCGGGAUGAAAUUCAGAGAUGGAAGGACACCAAGCCUCAGGUGCAGACCAAAGAGGUGGUCAAUGAAGUGGUCCAGUACAGAGAAGACCCCAAAACCAAAGAGGAAAUCGAAACUCUUAAGAGGAAAUUGGCCGAUGAGCAGAAGAAACGCCUUGACCUGGAAAGAGACCAGUCAGAUCAGGAGGAGAAGAUCCGACUGAAGAAGACUGAUCUGUCACAGGUCCGAGAGAAGGUCGUUCAGCAGGAGGUGGUGAAGGUGGAAGAGGACGCCAUCCUCAAGUCGGAGUGUGACACCUUCUUACACAACAUCAACAAUGAGCAGAAACAGAAGGACAUCCUGAAAGCUGAGCUCUAUCAGCUGCAGAGGCAGAGGGCCGAUCUGGACCUGCAGAUGGAGGAGGUGGAAAGAGAGCGUAGAUCCAGGAGGGAGGCCGAACUGGAGAUUCAAAGGCUUCGGGUCCGACUCAACGAGCUGGAGCUCCGGGACAAGGAGAACCGUGAAAAGGUGACCGUGAAGCAGAAGGUCGUCCUGCAGCAGGACCCACAGCAGGAGAAGGAGCACUCCAUCCUCAGACUCCAGCUGGAUGAAGAGAAACACAAGCGCACUCUGCUGGAGAAGGAGCUGAACGCUCUGAUCCAGCAGCAGCUCACGCUGGAGAAGAUGGACGUGAAGGAACGGGUGGUCCGCACCGAAAAGGUGCAGGUGGAGCGCGACCCAGAGGCUGAGCUGGAGAUCGAGAAUCUGAAGAGGACUCUGGAGGAGGAGAAACGAAGGCGACGAGAGCUGGACCAGGAGUUGACCACGCUGACAUCUAGGCUGUCUGAUAUGGAGUUCACCAACACCAAGUCCUUCAAGGAGCUGGACUACAUCCGAGACGAAAGCAACCGUCUGCAGCAAGAAAACCAGAGAAUGCAGAAUGAGAUCCGCAAGCUCCGCUCAGAGAUCGAGAUCACCAGCAAAGAGACCCGACUCAUCACCGAGUCCGCUCCCAGGGAGGACGGGAAGAACCUGGAGCUGAGGCUGGAUUCACUGCAGAAGGAACUGGCCGAGCUCAGGGGCAUCACCACCCAGAAGGAGGUGGAAAUCGAACGGCUGCAGAAGAGCCUGGCCGCAGUCAGAAUCAAGAGGGAGCAGCGGGAAAGCCAUCUGCGACGCUCCAUCGUGGUCAUCGAUCCAGACACUGGCAAAGAAAUGCGGCCAGAGGAAGCCUACAAGCUCGGCCUGAUCGACUGGAAGAUGUUUGUCAACCUGCAGAGCCAGGAGUGCGAUUGGGAGGAGAUCUCAGUGAAGGGUCCGGCCGGGGAAUCCUCUGUGCUGCACGACAGAAAGUCAGGGAAGAAGUUCUCCAUCGAAGAAGCCUUGCGCCUUGGGCACAUCACCAAUCACCAUCUUCAGCAGUAUUUAGCCAAAGAGAUUUCCAUCCAGGAGUUUGGUGUUAUGGUGUCGGGCAAGAAGUAGAAGCUCCGCCCUUUUCUCUUCAUCCUGCCAGAGUGCUCCCACUGGCUUGCUUGGUUUUUUUUUACACUUAUUCUAUUGAGAGAUGAACUGGAAUCAUUUUGCUCUAUACUCCCAAUUCCAAAUGCACUAUAUAUUUAUUUGCUUUAUUUGCCAAACUCCACAUCCUUGGAGGUGGUUAUGCUGAGGUUGGGCAGAGCUUAAUGGGUGUGAUGGUGUAAAACGCACAUAUGAUUGAUUCACAGUGAAAUUAAAAAUUCACCUGGGUGGGAGAUGUUUCAUUUAUAUUUUGGGGUUUCACAGCAGGUAUUCUUGUUUGCUCAUAAAACAAUA